AUGGAUCGCUUUCCUGGCACCCUGGACACCCAGGGAGAGCGCCGUCGUGGGGUCUCCACGGCCAGGGGGCAUACGAUGGAUGAUACUGUGUCGCCUUCGCCUUUUGAACCAUCUCCAGAGCAAAUAUCCGUACCAUCCUCUCCAUUAUCGGUGCAAUCUAGAGGCGGUGUCCCAUGGACGGGUGGCAGUCGAAGGGCAAGUGUUUACACUCUGCCAAGACCGUUGAGGAAACUGUGGCGACGUACAACAGUGGAUAGUACAAUGCCUUCGCCUCCGCCGCAAUCGGAAGGAUCAUUCGAGGAAUUCCCCGGGCAAUCGUCAACACCAUUUUCAUCCUCCGAGUGGGUGGAUUCAGCAGAACCGAGACAAACCUUAUCGACCCCACCCAGAGGGGUUGGAUACGAGUGGGGAUCUCUACAUCACACUUCACAAGUUCAAUGGAUUCCCGAGCAUACGAACCCCGUGUUGGGGGAACAAUCAGACGCGGCAAUUGAAUGGUCGAACCGCCUCUCCAUCUCGCCUGAACGUUUUCCUACUCAGGAGAGCGCAGCAACUAGCGCAUUUCAAAGGGUUCUCAUUGAUGAUUUUAUGAAGCUCAAUGAUGCCAUUGCCGAUUUCUGUGGCGCUGCUGCAGAAAGCAUCUGUAGUGGGCCAUUUGAUAGUGUUGAUGUGGGCGCUCUGCAAGCUGCUUUCCCGGAGGGGGAUGUCUUGCCAUCCAUAGUCUCCUCAGGAAGCAAUACUCUUCGACCGCUCAAAGAUGUGAUCGACUGGAGACUACGUUCGAUUAUUAACAAAGGACUCUUUGACGAGAUCUUUGACCCCUUCCAUCCUUCCCUUUCCCUGAGAGUAGGGGGAUUGGAGGGAAGGAAAAAUUCCCAUUAUCUGGAGAGUAUCUAUUAUUCUGUUCUCCCUGAGGGGGCAGAUGGUUCCAUGGCAGGUGCGGGGGCUGGAACAUUCAAGUUGCUUGAUUGUCUAGCAGCCAGGGCCAAUCCUCAGUUGUCACCGAUCGAUGAUAUCUUGAGCGCCCUGAGUGGCAGACGGAUCAUGCCGCUUCUUCAGGCUAUCUUCGGUGCCGUUGCUCACAUAAUUCCCAUCGAUCUAAACCCACUGCGAGCUAUCAUUCAAGAAGCAUAUGAAUGGAACCACGACAUCAAAAGCUCUGUGCCUUCUGCUGAGCUUCGAACAUUUAUCAUUCCAAAUACUGGCCAAUUCGAUGCAGGGACUAUGGUUUACUGUGGGAGGGCUGUUGAAUCUGGGGAAGAAGCGUUCAUCUGUGCUGGGUCCAUUGGGCUGAAGCUAUACAACUCUCAAUUUCCAGCUGGACAGAUUCUGCUCAGGGUCGCGGUCCUGGCACCCCAAAAUCAUGGCAACGGUUAA